AUGCGCAUUCCAGCCGUUUCCAUGCGGAUGUUUCCCCUCCCUCGUCUCCCCUUCUCCUUCCCCCAAUCCCGUCUUUCCUUUCUCCUCAUCUUUCCUCUCCCCCCAUCUCCCCCCUCCCCCGUCUUCCCGCUCCCUAUCUCCCCCUUCCCCCGUAUUCCCCCUCCCCACCUCCCCCCUCCCUCCAUCUCCGCCUUGGCGCAACAGGCGGAGGAAGCGGAACCCAUUCGCAACGGCGAGUCGCUUAUGGACCCGCCCUGCCUACACCGCAUCUCGCGCCCGUCCCACGGCGCCGCGCAUUCCUCUGGCUCUCGUCCGUCGCUCACUGGCUCUCGCCCGGCAAGCGCGCCGAUUCGAACCGACCGACCUGAGGCGGAACCGACGGCGCGGAUGCCGCCCGCGAAUCACGGCGACGAGCGGAGAGAAACGCGCCACGUGGUUUCAGCCGCCCACCGCCCGCACCCGACGCGGUCGCGCUCCUAUGUAUCGUCUCCCGCCGAGCUAGAAGACGCGGUUCCUCCGCUUGAUGCGCCGCGAGAUGCGCCGCGAGAAGCGGAGCGGCGUAAAAGCUUUGACGGGUUGGAGUCGGAGAGAGCCGACUUCCCCCCGCACGGCCCUCCGCGUUGCCCCCCCGCGUACCCCCCUUCCGCCUUCCCCAGCCGGCCCGCGGGCGCGCCCAUCUGCCCGCCCGCGCAGAGGCAGGGGGAGCGCGCAGGGCAGGGGGAGCCAGCGGCGCACAGGCAGCUGGAGCAGGGACUCAGGACGCUGCCCAGACUGAAGGUCGCAGCACACAGCGCAACCCACGGAGCAGCAAGCCCUGCCUCCCAAGGGCCAGGAGCAAGGACAGGGGUGCGUGUGAGUUUCGCUGCUGCUGCUGCUGCUGCUGCUGCUGCUGCUGCUGCUGCUGCUGCUGCUGCUGCUGCUGCUGCUGCUGGAUCCGCAGAGGUUGUUGAGGGAGCACGAGCAGCAGCGGUAGGGGCAGGCGCAGGUGCUGCUGCAGUGCUGAGAGAAGCAGCAGCAGGAGCAGCUCCAGCCAGCCCAAGAAGAAAACCAAGGGCAGACAUUCGCCUGAUUGCUGCUGCUGCUACUGCUGCUGCUGCUGCUGCGGUAUUUGCAGGAUCCGCUGAGAGAGCAGCAGCAGCAGCAUCAGCAGGAGCAGCAGCACCGGUGGCAGGGAAGGCAGUGCGGGUGGUGCAGUGUGUGUCGCGCUGUGCGCCCAUGCUGGAAGAUAACUUCCUCAACAACUCCGCCAGAACACUCUAUUCCAACGUGCUCAUGCCUGGGGAGCAGUCCGUGGGGCUGCUGGCGUGGCUGCCGGCUUAUGUAACAGCAGCUGUGCAGCGAUCAGAGAUGCUGGUAAGUGCAGCCUAUGUGUGCAUUGCUUGCUGUGCCCCCAUGCUGGAAGAUAAUUUCCUCAACAACUCAGCCAGAACACUCUAUUCCAACGUGCUCAUUCCUGGGGAGCGGUCCGUGGGGCUGCUGGCAUGGUUGCCCGCCCUUGUGACUGCAGCCGUGCAGCGAUCAGAGACGCUGGUUGUGAUUGCUCUGCGGGAGUCGAUUGUGCUUCUCACCCUCGUCGCCUUCUUCGCUGUCACUCCCCAUGCCUGCCGAGCCCUCAACUGGCUCUGGGCCUCCUUCAUCAUGCGGGGCAAUGGAGUCACAGAGGAGGGAUUCCAGGACUCCAUGUUCGGAGCUCUCGUGCUUCCCCUGCAGUUCGUUGCUGCCGCUUUCUUCCUCACCAGACACAUGCGUCUCCUCUUGCCGCUAGCGAAACUUCACCUGAGCCCCUUCCUCCAGAAUGGUGUCAGUGGUGGUGGCGGUGACGUGCUUUGUUGUGGGGUGGAAGGACAGGGUCAUGCGGAUGGUGCUGCAGAUGCACCCAGCGGAAAAGCCCAUCGUGCUGAGCGUGAGUCGUUUCCUCUCGCUGCUCAUCCACCUCGUGGGGGUGGGCACGCUCCCAUCGUGCUGAACGUCAGUCGCUUCCUCUCGCUGCUCAUCCACCUCGUGGGAGUCGGCACGGUGCUGGACCUCUUCGGUGUCUCGCUGCUCUCCCUGGUGGCAGUGGGCGGCAUCUCAGGUGUCGCCAUGGGAUUCGCCUCCAAGGAAAUAGUCGCGAAUUUCUUUGGCGGGCUGGUGCUGGUGAUCUCACAGCCAUUCGUGGUGGGGGAGAGCAUUCAAGCAGGGGCCAUAUCGGGGCGCGUGGAGGAGAUUGGGUUUUUACACACCAAGCUGGCUGGAGCAAACAAGGCGCCAGUGGUGGUGCCAAAUCAAAUCUUCAACACUGCAGUGAUCACCAACUUCUCGAGAGCCCAGUGCUACCCUGUAGCAGUCACAUUCGAGCUCCGAAUAGAGGAUAUCGAGCGAGUGCAAAGCAUCACGUCCCGCAUCACCCGCAUGCUGAGGGCGCUUGCUGACGUGGACCAAUCACAGGGCCCCGCGCACGCAGUGCUGAAGGAUCUCAGCGGGGCGAGCCUGCAUGUGGGCAUGUUGGCUUCGCUGAACCCCCAGGUGAGAGUUCAGGUGUUUUUGUUGCAUUAG